GUGAUAUUUUCUUGUGGUCUGUCAUCUGUGUAAUGGCUGAUUUGUGAAAAUAUAACAAAAGAUCGAAAUUAAUUUAAUAACGACAACAAACUAUUUGUUCUUAUUAAAAUAAUUAAAUCAUAUGCACAAUAAACAUCACAUACCAACAAAUUAUACAUACGUGUAAAUUUAAAAACGUCGAGAUCUAGUUUAAAAAAAAUAUGGAAUCUACGAAACAUUUAGAUUCGAAUUCAGUGGAGUAUUGGAAGGAACAAGCUAAAUAUUAUGAGCAAAAGUCAUCAGAAAUUCAACAAGAAUUGGAUGAAUACACAGAAAACUCAGCUCAACUGGAAAAGGAAUUAGAAGCGUCACUGGCACAGGUCGAAAAGCAGAAUAGAGAUCUGGAACAUCAAAACCAACGCCUCAGAAAUGAAAUUGACAUGCUCAGGACUAAAUUAGAAAGGAGUCAACAUGAGACAAAUGCACUAGAAAAUGAAUUAAAAGCAUUAAAAAUAGAUAAAGAGAAACAAGGUAUAUAUAUUAGAGAAUUAGAGCAAAAAAAUGACGAUUUGGAAAGAGGACAGAGAAUCAUAUCAGAGUCAGUUUCAUGUAUAGAGACGCUACUUAAUCAGGCUUACGAACGUAAUGCAGUGUUAGAGAGUGAAGUAGAUGAAAUUGAAAACUUGAGGGUGAAUCUACAGAGAGCUACUGAUGAGGCCAGAGAUCUAAAACAAGAAUUGAAGGUUAUAGAAAAAAUUCCAUUAUUGAAGAAAGAAGACAGCAGUACAAAUGAUACACUAUGCAAUGGACAUGCAACCCGAACCCAGGUGGAAAUUGAAACACAGACUUCAAUCUCAUCACCAGCUAAACGUGAAGUAAACGGCAAUGCAAUGACACCAUCUUCACGAGUAUCGGCAAUCAACUUAGUUGGUGACCUUCUACGGAAAGUAGGGGCUUUGGAAUCAAAGUUAGCGUCGUGUCGCGGUACAGUUAGACCUAAAGAGCAUUCACCAAAUCCAAGCGCAGACGUGAAUAAGGACUACAGGUGUGUACUCAAGAACUAACCCUUGCCGUCUGCCGUCCCGCGGUCGCGUUAGCUUGUAUUGGACAGAACCUGCGGUAGUCAGACUUACCUCAUUUUAUAAAGGCUGAGAAAUUGUCAGCCUAGACUUAGUUGGCUUUUGUAAGUAACAGGUUUCAAGGCUCCAAAUCUUGAACCAUAGUAUAUCAUAGCUCAAUGGUAAAGGGUCCGGACUCAUCACCGAGAGGUUGGGUUACGAUCCCCGCCCACUGAUGGACUAUUGUCGUAACCACUCAAUACAUACAGUAUUUUCCGACUGAUUGAAGGGAAAUGGGAAUAUUAAUUUUAUUCAAAAGAUAAUAUGGCCAAUACUUUUAAAAAACUAAAACAUAUCUGCAUCAUAUGGCAAAUCAUGUCUCCAGUCACUUUGUUUCAAAAGCAUCAUUAAAGAUUGAUUUUUAAUUUAAGUCAAAAAUUCGCUAGAUAUUAAAGUUAAAGAGUUACAAGAAGCAAAGGGUCUGACGAUUAGAGACAUGAUUCCUGGUAUCUUGUAAAAAAAUAUCAAAACAUUUUGGACUACCCUUGAAACUUGCUUUACAAACCUACCAUAGUCCAAACUUUAUAAUUGGCUACCGUAGUUACGUGCGUCGAAACAACGUACGUUUGCUGACUAUAGUCUAGCAAGUUUGUUGAUAACAUUCCCAUGAUAUGAGGGCGACGAGGGGAAAGACUGAUGUGAAAUCGUGCGUGCGAGGAAGUUAGGUGCAUCAGUCGUGAGUUUUUCAUUCAUCGCUACACGCCCCCCGGUCCACGCGAACCAUCAGGAUUGUUACGAACGAAGUUGCCAAGCUGUAACUUUCAGCUUUCAGAAAGUGAAGUUUGUCUGACUAUUGCAGGCUCUUGUUCUAUAUAGUACUAUACUAUGAACAGAAAUUUACAUUUGCUUCACGUCACAUACUCCCCUACGUGUUUAUUCAACCAUCUAUACUCUGUAAGAGCAUUUAUUUUACUUUUUACUCGACUCAAUAAUGUUUAAUUUUUUUAAUACAAUUAUAAUUGGUCGCUAACUAUGGGCCUCAUAAGAAAGCUCACACAGAGUCACUCAGCGGGCGAUGGAACGAGCUAUGCUCGGAGUAUCUCUGCGUGAUCGAAUCAGAAAUGAGGAGAUCCGCAGAAGGACCAAAGUCACCGACAUAGCUCAACAUGUCGCGAAGCUAAAGUGGCAAUGGGCGGGGCACAUAGUUCGAAGAGCCGAUGGACUUUGGGGUCCCAAGAUGCUGGAAUGGCGACCCUGCAAUACAAAGCGCAGUGUUGGUCGACCCCCCACCAGAUAGACUGACGACAUCAAGCGAGUCGCAGAUAUUCGCUGGAUGCAGACGGCUCAGUAUCGUGAUGUUUGGAAGUCCCUACAAAAGGCCUAUGUCCUGCAGUGGACAUCCAUCGGCUGAUAUGAUGAUGAUGAUGAAAUGAAAUGAAAUUUUAAUCGCUUAAAUCAUAUACAACAUUUUGAAUGCUUUUAUAUACAUAUCCAGACGUUUAGGUAAUUAUAUUUUAUGUAAUGAAACCAUUAAUGUAAAUUAUAUCUAUUAUUUGCUAACAUGAUUUUUUAUUGUUUUAUCUUAUUGAUAUUUUUUAUAUACUAUGUUAAAUUAAAUAAAAAUAUUUAAUUUACGUAACACAUUUUAGUAGAAUAAAAUCAUCUAAUACCUUCAUAAUUUGUUGGCUCGUCAAUAAAAUUUUCUAUGUAAUUGUCAAUGAAAUAUUAGGUAUAUUAUUGUAAAUAAAAGUACACAAAAAGUAAAAUAAAUGCCUUAACGGAGUAUAAUGUGAUCUUGAUCACACUUUCCUAAUAUUACUAAUAUCUGUGAUGAUAAAAGAAAAUAGGUUAGAAACGUAGCAGAAAUAAUAUUUGGCCUACCCACCGGAGACGUAAGAAAUGAGACACGGCGCAUUUUGCUAUUGCUUCGCGCACUGAAUUUUUUUGGCAAUUUGUUAACGCCAUUAAACAGCCUUGUGACGUCAUAACAAAACGAUUUUGUGACGUCACUUAUGUCUCACGUCAUGAUUUGCUGUGAGGAUGGUUUUGCUAACACGAAAAGAACGAGCAAACAAUUUUCGAUGUAAAAGCCCAUAAAGAGUUUAGAAUCAGAUCAUAUUAUUAUCAUAUAGUAUUAUAUACGUUAAAUAUUUAUAUGUACUUAUAUUUUUGAAUAAUCGAUUUUUGUAAAUAAAAAAAUGUAGUAAUAAUGUAUUGAAAUUGUUAAUACAUAUUGAAAAAUUUUAUGGACUUUAAUAUGUAGUAUUUUCGUAUAAAAAUUAAUUCAUUAUAAUAAUAAUAUGUACUAAAAUAUUUUGUGUGUCUCUUUCAUUUGCAUUGCAUUUUAUUUUGUGACUAUUUUUUUAUUAACUAACUUUUUGAUAAUAUGCACGUAUUGUGAAAUAUCUGAUAUUGAAUAUUAAUUAGAUAUUGCUUCACUGUUUUAGUCUUUUUAAUUUGCAACUAAAUUGUGACUAACAUUGGAGAGAAAGCAAAGUGUAUAACCAUCAACGUGAUUUUGAACAUUUAACUUUUUAGUAUUUCGUAAAUAAUAUUAGGUACCUACUGAACUGAGGCGAAGUGAGACCAGAAAUUAUAAAAAUAACUUAACAACUAACACUUUGUUGUGUUAUAUUUUUCAAUUAUAAUAUAUAUCAUUUAUCAGCCAACAAAUACUGAUAAUAUCAAUUACCUUUCUAACAUGGAAAGUGUUAAUCAAAGUGUAAAUGGGCUAUAGCUAAGAUAGUAUCAAUUUCUUUUGUACUAACGCUUCGAAAACUAAAAAAAAAUAUGGAAAUGACGUAGCCUCAGACCAAUUAUAGAAGGAUUUGUAUCGCACUCAUAGUCACGAACAAAAUUGUCUGACAUUUUCUGAGGAAAACGAGCUAAGAUUUGGUUAAAUCUUAUACUAAACUAGAAGUUUUUGUCCGUUUUUUACACAAUUCAAUUACACAAAAAGGUAUCUUUACGGAGCUCUUUAACUGACGAACUCGAUUACAACUAUUUAACAUCGAUUCUAUAGAGACAGUUUUUAUAAUCGCACUAGCGGACGCCCGCGACUUCGUCCGCGUAAAUUUCGAUGUCAACCUACCCCUACCCUACCACUUCCCUAUCCUACCCGUACCUCUACCCUACCACUACCAUACCUCUACCCCUACCCUACCACUACCCAAAAUCCUGCCCUAAACCUACCCUACCCCUACACUACCCCUACGCUUCCCUACCCGUACCCUACCCUACCCUGUAACUUCUCUAUCUUACUCCUACCCUUAGCAAAAUCGGGAGACUUCUAUGCUAAUAAUAUAAAGAGGUAAAGUUUGUGUGGUUGUAGGAGGUAAUCUCUGGAUCUACUGGACCGAUUUGGAAAAUUGUUUUACCAAUAGAAAGCUACGUUAUUUGCGAGUGUCAUAGGCUAUCAUAUUCACAGGGAAACGGGAACUACGUAAAUGAAAGCGCCGGGCGUCAUAUAGCGGAAUUUCUGCGUCUUUUAGAAAUUUUGUAUUAUCUCCGAAACUAUUUAAGUAAUUAACAUACUGUAAAGGGCAAAUCUUAUCUCCAUAAUAUCCUUGUGAUUAUUAAAUAAUUUAUUUUAAUAAGGAUUAAAGUUUAGUUGUAUAAAUAAUGACGUAAAGCUAAGUAUAUAAAAUUAAUAAUUUUUAUAACACAAAAGGUACUAUAUCUGCUAAUAUAUAGAAGAUAGAUAUAUGGUGUCGCGGACUUUUUCGUAGAACUUUUAAAGAUACAUAAAAUCUCCAUACAUUAAUUUCAAUUUUACACAAAAGUUAAAGCAGCGCAUGCGAAUAAGUCUGUUUAAGAGGAUUUUCAGUCCGACCUGUAUGACAAAAACUGUGAUAACUCGGCUAAUAUAUAUGAUACCAAAAUAAAAUAUAGCCUAUAGCACUCCCCGAUAAUGUAGCAUUCUACUGGUGAAAGAAUUUUUGAAAUCGGACCAGUAGUUCCGAAGAUUACCCCAUUUAAAAAAUGUGACAAACUUACAAACUUACAAACUUUACCUCUUUAUAAUAAUAGUAUAGAUUAGAUCGUUGAUGAUUUCUUUGACAGAAAAGUAACGUCUAGCGAGGCAGGUCCUAUACAAUAAUUGGUCUGAGGACGUAGCCGAUAGAUACAGGGUUCCCAACUUGGGGGUUUUCCCCCCAGAUUUAGGGGGCAAAUAAGUGAAAUGGGAUUUUUUAGGGGUCUGAAAUUUUUAGGGGUAUUUUCAGGGAUUUUUUGACUCUUUAAUAUUUUUAAAUUGAUGAUAUUUUUAUUAAUUCUUUCUUGGCCUAGCGACUUAUAACGACAUAUAAUACGUUAUUCUACAACCACUCUGAGGCAAUUGGAGGCAAUUUUCAUCGAAUAAAAAAAAUUGGUAAAUUUAUUCAUUGUCAACAUGUAUGAUUUCAAAAAAUCUGAAUCUUCAGAUAAAGACGUAGUAUUUUGUCUGUAUUAAAUAUAGACUUUUGAAACAUAUGACAGCAUAUUAUUUCUAAAUUAUUAUGAAUUUAUAUUUUUUAGGGGGACAACUCAAUAAUUAAGGCGAUUUUAGGGGUUUUUGACACCAACUUUAGGGAUAAAUAUUUUGGAGAGUUGGUAACACUGGAUAGAUAGGUUGAUCACGUGACGUAUCUAAAACAAAUGUCAACCCCAUACCUUUAUAGUUUCCGAAGCGUUAGCGUUUAUAGAAGAGAAUGUGUAAUUCGGCCAAUUGCUCUUACUAGAACGGCGGAGGUUUCUCAAUUCGUCUAUGUAUAUUUUUAUUAAGCAGUUGAAUAGUUUAAACGUAGGUUUUUAUCUGGUAAAUGCUCACUACUGGACUCACUUCGUGUAUAUGUAUAUUUUGAGUACUUGAGUAGAUAGUAGGUUAUUAUGAAUAAGUACUAUGUUCAUAUCGACUGUGGCCAUCGAACGCUUACAUUUAAUGUGAAAAAGUUAGGAAUACCUACAUUUAUGGAAUUUUUGCUUUAACACUAGAAUAUAGUGUUUUGAAAGAUCAGAAACCAUAAAAAUUUGAUAAUUCACGAAAUUUACCGAAAUCUUGCCCCUGUAAAUUCAACUAAGAUGUUUUUAAGGUUUGUAUUUUUAAACUUUGGUAUACUACAUAAUGCAAUAGGCUUUUUGAAAAAUUUAACAAAAAAAAAAUCUUAGGACUGUUGCAUAUCUGGCAUUUCUUACUAUGAAACACUUCGAUAUUGCAGGCAUUGUUGUCCUGUUAAUUCAUUUUAUAUUUAUUUCAAUGCUAGUAUGUUUAUAAAUAGUUUGCUAGUAACGCCAGGUAUGUGUGGGCCCUUAAGAUAAAUUAUAACACUAUAAUAAUAAUGAGAACAAUUCAAUUUCAAUAUUACUUUUAAAAGUAUUUAGAUUUGGGAGUGUAAUAGUAAAACUAUUCGUUAAACUCUUCUAUAGGUAACACCAAUUAAUUAGUUACUUUGUAAUUAUUAAUGAGGAUUUUAUAUAAAGAUGAGUGUUUAUGAUAGUGUUCACUGUAGCAAUAAUAUUAAUUAAUCAUUGUAACAUAGUUGUGACGUAUGUGAACAGAAUAGUCCAUGUAAAGCCGUGUACAAUAAACUGUAUAUGUCGAAAAUUGUUUGAGUGGGUUGACUUGGCCUUUAUACAAUGAAAUGUAAAUUGUUAUUAAUAAAUAUUGGGCGACUAGUGUAUAAAUAGCCCAGUCAGCGAAUAGUUUGUGUAACUAAGCAUUUAUACGUUCACAUGUGUGGUGACCAGACAAUUUUUAUUUUUGUGCGCAAUAAAAUAAGUUGAGGCAGA